UCAGACUCUGAAGUUCAGAGCUCUUGCCCUCAAAAAACCAAACCCUAGCCAUCUAACCUCCAUCACCGCCGCAAGGAGAGAGACACUACCGCCGUCCGUCGCGCUCAGGAGCUUCUCUCUUCGUCUGGUUGUCGUGCUCCAGAUUUCCAACCCCUGUUCACUCUCACCCAUUGCAGUUUCUUCCUCAAGAUCGGCGUCCGUCGUCUGCGCUUCUGCCGCCGUCCGUCGCGCUCAGGAGCUUCCGUCUUCGUCUGAUUGUUGUGCUCCAAGUCUCGACCAUGAAGACGGACGUAGACGGGUCGCCAUCGUCGAUGGCGUUCAACUUUUCUUCCUCUUACUCUGCUCACUGCCCUCACCGAAGGUGACGGCAGUGCGGCCGCACAGUUUGGAGUGCGAAGUCAUCCACACCGCGAGAAGUGCGAAAUUAAAAGCUACUUAAGAGAAAAUACUUGAAGCUAAAUAAUAAAGCAAAGCAGUGAUGGCUGUGAUCACCCGCCGAAUCGCUACUCUUACUCACCGCUACUUCUCCUCUUUCUCAACUGCCAAAAAAGUUCCCCUUCUCUAUGCCUUCAACGAAAAUGACACUACUUCUAACCAAAACGACGCCGCAACACUCCAGCUUCUUUCUUGGGGCAGAGGCGGUUCGGGCCAACUUGGCGGCGGAAUUGAAGAAAUCCGCCUCUACCCUGCCCCGGUCGCGAACCUUGUCGUCCCUAAAAACUCCUUUGCCCUGUCCCCAACCCCCGGCCGCCUUCUGGACAAACCGGCCGCCUCCGCUGGCGACAGCGUGAAGAAGAAGAAUAAGAAGGAAGAGGUUGUUGAAGUUGGCAUCUCGUGUGGCCUUUUUCACUCUUCUUUGGUUGUUGAUGGGUCCUUGUUGGUUUGGGGCAAAGGUGAUGGUGGAAGGUUGGGUUUUGGACAUGAGAAUCCCUUGUUUGUUCCUUCAUUGAAUCCACAUCUUGAUAGUGUUCGCUCUGUAGCCCUUGGUGGCCUGCAUUCGGCAGCGCUGACCUCUGCCGGCGAGGUUUUCACAUGGGGUUAUGGUGGUUUUGGUGCACUUGGACAUUCGGUAUAUACUAGAGAACUAUUUCCUAGGUUGGUAAGGGGCUCCUGGGAGGGAGCUAUACAACACAUUGCUACCAGUGGAACACACACUGCAGCAGUCACAGAAUCAGGGGAGCUUUAUAUUUGGGGUCGAGAUGAAGGGGAUGGUCGGUUGGGCCUUGGUCCAGGCCGAGGCCCAGAUCAUGCUGGGGGAUUGAGUAUCCCUUCGAAAGUAAAGGAAUUACCUGUGCCCAUUGCUGCCGUUUCCUGUGGGGGAUUUUUCACAAUGGCAUUGACAGUUGAUGGACAAUUGUGGAACUGGGGAGCCAAUUCUAACUAUGAACUUGGGAGAGGGGAUAAGAUCGGUGGUUGGAAACCAAAACCAAUACCUAGCCUUGAGAAUGUCCGAAUCAUUCAAAUUGCAAGUGGAGGAUAUCACUCCUUAGCAUUAACUGAUGAUGGCAACGUUCUUUCCUGGGGACAUGGCGGACAUGGUCAGUUGGGUCAUGGAUCUUUGCAUAGUCAGAAGAUACCAACAGUAGUUGAGGCUUUAGGUGAAGAUCAUAUUAUAUAUAUUUCGUGUGGGGCUUCUUCAGCAGCAGCUGUGACAGAUACAGGGAAGCUUUACAUGUGGGGAAACGGCACUGAUUCUCAGUUGGGAGUUCCUGGGAAACCUGCAGUACAACCAAGCCCUAUUGAAGUUAACUUCUUAAUGGAAGAUGAUGGAAUGGGACCCCACAAAGUUCUAUCAGUUGCAAAUGGUGCAACCCAUUCCAUGUGUUUAGUUUUGAGGGGAAGUUCUUGAUACACAGAAACCCCCGUGAUGAUACUGUCCUGCUCUUGAACAAAGAUAAAAGUUCAUAGGCAAAAAGGCAAGCUUCAUUAGGUAAAAUUCAUAAAAAUCUUUUCUUUUGUUGAAUAAGAUGUCUCAAGAUUAUGGGAAAUUUCUUUGAUUUUGGAUCCUUGUCUUGAUGGCCGGAUUCAGAUCUCAUCACGUGGAUCCUGGAAAUUUUCUUUCUUGGGUUUGAUGAAGUAGAUCCCAUUAGUAUGAACUUUCUCAGUACUUGGGAAAUCUCAAACUUAGUUGUAGGAGAAUGCUACAAUGCACUGAGUUGAACUUGGUUGAACUUGAUGCAUCAUGCACAAAGGUAAUCCAACGGCUCAAGUCUAGUACAUAAUAGAUCGACAUAAAUUUACACCCUCGGAUUGCCAUAGUGAGUGAAUUUAAGACAAUUGUCAUUAGUUGCAUUGAUCUAGGAUUGAUAAGUGCCUGUGUUGUCCGUAGGAAGCUAUCAUAGACAAUACAAUUUUGGACAAUUUCUUUCAAAGUACUGAACUACAUGCACAGUUCUCCUCCAUGCUCCACAAUUGUCGGGUUCAAGUAAUUGUUGUCAUAAGAGACUCAAGUGGAUAAGGCUGAUGCUUUUCCUCCCAACUUGUACCGAUAUUGAUUGAUAAAAAUUUAUUUGAUUUGUGGCUAAAAUUUUGCUUUAUCUUAUCUAAAAGAUAGGAGUGUCUUUGCUUUAUGCUGUUUGCUAUAUUGGCACAUAAGAGGACCAAGAUUGAAUUAAUUAUUAGCAACCAUUAUCAGUAGCAUCUAGUUAAAAGGGAGUAAAACUAAGCUGGGAAAAAAGAACAAGGUUAAAUUAGAGUACCAACUCUACCAAUGGAAAGUCUAGAGGGACUAGAAAUGAUUUAAAUUAUAUUUUGAUCACCUCAUUGAAGAAAUCUGCUGCUUAAGCUUGCUACACAGUUUAUGCUUGGGAACACAUUUACAAUAUAAAAUAAGCUUUUAUUGUUCUGAAAUAAGUUAUCAUAUGAGUAGAAUGAAAGUAAAUGGAUUAUAAGCCAAGUAAUAAUUUUCAGUUGAAAACCAGUUUACAAUAAAAAACUAAAGUAUUGAUUACCGUAAUCAGGACAUACUGUUUAAAUUAUUUUAAUCUUAUACAUCUUCACAUAAAUUGCUUGUUAAAUCAAUGAUUGAAGAACAUUUUAGUUAAUACAUAUCUUUAGAACAAUUUUUAAGGAUUAAAAAAACUUGAAUGGUUACUAUUUAAAAAAGGUAAGAUUACCAAGCUUCCAAUAACUGUAUAGAACACAUGAUGAUAAAAUUUAAAAUCCUCUAACUUGGUAUUAUUAAAUAA